CAAUACCGAACAGGAAACUGAAAACAUGGGAAGGUUAAAGAGCCCAUCGAUCCCCUGAGACCUUUUGAGAUAAUAAUCUGCUGCCCAUUAGAAAUGAAUCUGUAACUGGAUCGGCUCAUUAAUGCCCGUCCCGCCCCUUCGUUCGAAUGCCAGCGCUGAUUGGGCACAACUGCGGCAUUGACAGUGACCUCACACCGAACCUGAAGGCGACCCAACGGAUAAAACGCGCGCGGGAAGCAUCAAGGCGACAGUGUAUCCUCUCUUCAGCAGUUUCAUCUGGACUCUGGGUGAAUCCGACGAGAAGAUGCCACGAGGAUUUUUAGUGAAAAGGAUUAAACGAGCCUCAUCAGCAUCCUACAAGGUGCGUGCGCAAGAAGAGAAAGAGCCGCGCAAAGAGGACCAGCCAAGCCAAACUCCAAAUGCAAGUGUCCUGGACGUGCUGGAACCUACGAGAGAAUCAUGGGCAAGUGGGAUCAGCUCUAAAAAUGAGCAGACGCGUCUUCUGGAGGACCCUGGGGUUGUUGGAGAGAGCGUCGAUUACGCACAGAACUACUUCAGCCACCCGGAACAGAGCGCGUCGUCUCCGCGCAACAGCACCGACUCCUACAGCCCGAUCAAACCCAUCUGCACGGAGUUUUUGGAAAGGUGUCUGAGCUCACCAGCCAUGGCAGAGUCCUUUCCCUUGGCCACCCCGGUGUCUUCAAUCGAGCGUCUGUUAAUGAAUCACUCGGACAUGAAGUUUGGCACACCGGUGCCCUCUUCGGUGCCCACCUACCCCGCGUUUCAUCAAUGCGUAAAACGCGCGUUCAUGGACACAGAGCGCAAAAGCAAAGCACCCAAAAAGCCUAAAGUCAUCAGAAAGCUCAAUUUUGAAGACGAAGUCACCACCUCACCAGUCCUCGGGCUUAAAAUCAAAAAAGAAAUUCCCGAGUCAAAACUGGCACCGCAGAGUGGCAGAAAGAAGCCGCUGGGUGAGUUCAUCUGCCAGCUUUGUAAGGAAGAAUACCCUGAUCCGUUUUCUCUGGCCCAGCACAAGUGCUCCAGAAUCGUGCGGGUUGAAUACCGCUGCCCGGAGUGCGACAAAGUUUUCAGCUGUCCCGCUAACCUCGCGUCUCAUCGCAGAUGGCACAAACCCCGUGGACUGAGCACCGGGGACGUGAAGAAGUCCCCGCUGGAGGCGCGUAACCACGAGAAGACCUCAGUGGAGGGGAAGGAGAACGCCAGCAAGAUGAGUGGACACAAUCAGCACCAGCUGAGUCCGGACAGCUCCCAGCACCACAGAUCAGCACCGGACAGCAACAUGAUGCACAGAGUUUCCCAAGACCCUCCCCUGGAUCAAAGGUACCCAUCCUCCGAGAAAUGCUUUGAGAUGCACAUCGGCCCCGCGGAAAGCUCAAGGUUGUUCGAUCACUGCCCCGAUGAGCCCGACAGGUCCACCACCCCUUACUUGCCCUCCCCCAGCCCGGACGAGGUGUACGAAUGCCACUACUGCAGCAAGAAGUUUCGCAGGCAAGCCUACCUGAGGAAACACCUGGCCGAGCACGAGACGAUCAAAGCAUCCCCGUACGGUCACAUCGAGAGCGGCCAGAUCACGUUCCCGUGUCACCUGUGCGGAGCGCACUUCCCCUCCGCGGAGAUCAGGGACAAACACAGACUCUGGCACGCGGUCAGAGACGACCUGCUCCUCAGACCCGAUCUGGGCACUGGAGAACAGCAGAUAUUCUCAUGCAAACACUGUCCCUCCACGUUCUUCAGCUCUCCAGGCUUGACCAGACACAUCAACAAAUCUCAUCCCACAGAGAACAGACAGGUGAUGCUCUUACAGAUGGCCGUCAGGCCGGGGUGCUGAGCUCACUUCUGAAACGGUUAUGAUCAUGUCGAACGGUUUGUUGCUCGUAUUAUAGACUACAUCCGGUGUCUUUAUGUGGGAAUAUCGAACUUUACAAGGUUUUCUUUUUUUGAUGAGAGAGCUAGUUUAUGUAUUCUUUGAUAAUCUUGGGUAACACUUAAUAACUUUUAAUAAAAGUACAGCAAUUUAUUAACAGAGAUAAUAGGGGGUUCCUACACUUUUGAUCAUGACUUGUCCAUUUCAUAAUUACUGGAAAUGUGCGUGUACGCUGUAUUUAUAUAUAAUUUUCCAGUAAUUACUUUAAAUUUAUGAUAUUAUACAUUUCAAUUUACAUUUCUAGUCUAUUCAAUUUAUUAGAGCUGAGAAAUAUAAAAAAACUGCUUUUAUUUUGUAUUUUUAUUUUAAAAUUUCAAACAUUUAUUCAUUUCGGUGCCAAUUAUCUGACAUUUCCAAGUUUUCCACUGUAGGAACUCUGUAUUUUUAUCAUAUUAGUUCUCACGUUCAAAUGUGAAUAUUAUGUAUUCACAUGUACACUGAAAUAUUUAAUACACCAACAUAAUUGUUUAAACUCAUUACUGAUAAUAAUAAUUUUUUUGGAUAAAGUUAUAAAGUGUUACCUAUAAAAGAUUUAUAAUGCUGCCAUUAAUUUCAUUCAUGAAACCGUUUAUAGCUCUCAGCAGGAUCUUUCAUAAACAUAUAUCAUUAUAAUAUGGGGAAAAGUAAAUGAAUAUAUUUUGUGUCUCAUUGUAAAAGUAGCUCCCAUGGAAAGCUUGUUUAGUCUCAAUCGUCUUAGAAGGUGCUUUGAUUUCUAGAUCACGAAUUAAGGUACUGUACGUUUCAUAUUUUAAUUGACAACAGUAGCUGCAAAAAAAAAGGAAAUGUAUUUAUAUCAUAACUGCCAAGAAAUGCCACAGCAUACAUAAAGACUAUUAGAGGCCUACAUGUAAUAAUAAACCAUAAGUGUCAUUUAUAUUUUCAUAUGUAAUAAUUUUCAGCUGUUGUGGGGGACACAAAGAGGUCAAUAAACCGAAUUGUCUUCAAGCUUAUUUGUCAUUUGCACAAAUCCACCGUAUAUAAGCCGAUAUUAAAACAGAAAAGUACUGCACAGGAUUUGCUAUGUUGUAAGAAUACUUUUAUUCUUAAGUGUAGUUGCACAUCCACUCUCCUUCGACAUCCGAUACAAAUGUAUAGAUAUACAACCGUAUGACAACAUUGUGGAUCUGUGCGUGUGCUUGUGUGUUGUGCAGCUGUUAUAUCAACACAUGCAGUUAGUACUGGAAUCAUGCAGCAUUUGGUCAGUAGUAACACACAAAAUCUACCCAUGAGGAUGUUUCUUUUUUUUGAAAUUACGCACAGGUUUCAGUUGCUCGUGUGAAGGCCUUUAAUAUACACCUUAUUUCAAUCCAGAACGGUGCUGCAUGAUUUCAACAAUAUAUAUAUUUCUUGAGAUAAAUUUCUAAAUGAUUUCAAAUUAAAAAGAAAAACAAUAAAAAUCAUGAAGUCUCACAAAGCUUCCAAGAAAAUAUACAAACUUGACUUUAUCUUAAACAUGGCAACAGUUAUAACUUGCAUCCGUAGUCUUCGGGGUCAGUUACCCUUUUAUCCCUUAAACGCGGAAGGAAGAAA